AGCUUACGAAUUCCCCUCUUCCUCUUCUCAGGGCUCUCCACACCAACCCAAACACCAAGCUAGAAACCCUAACCCUAACCCUAACCCUAACCCUAGAAUUGAGAACGAUGCAACCUACCAGUAGAGAAAUGCAGGGCAUGGCGGAGUCCCUCGCCGGAGGCGGAGGCGGGGGAGGCGGGCACGACGACUUCUUCGACCAGAUGCUCUCCACCCUCCCCUCCGCCUCUGCCGCCUACGACGAGAGCUCGCUCCUCGCUUCGCGGCUGCGGCAGCACCAGAUCAGCGGCGGAGGGGGGGGCGGAGGGGGAGGGGGAUCGCCGAAGCCGAUGAUGCUGCAGCUCAACAACAACAACAACAGCAACAACAACCAUCUCCACCACCACGGCCACCCGAUGAUCCUCUCCCCGAUGGGGCGAUCGCCGAGCUCCGGCGGAGGCGGCGGAGGCGGCGCCGCCGCCGCCGAUUCGGGGCUCCUCCCUCUCCCGCUAACCCUAGGGAGCGGCGGCGGCGGCGGCGGCGCAGGAUCUCGCGACGACGCGACGCCCCCUUCAAAUCCCGAUCCCCGCCGGGAGGUGAGGCGUGCUGUACAACGGAUACGGUGUGAUCGCUUCAGCGUGCGGCGCCGCCAACAUUUCACCACCCCCAGGGUGGGCGAUGGCGCCAGAGCUACGGAGGAGCGCCGCGAGCGGACUGCGGGCGGCGCCGCCGCAGGCCGCCGCGUCGUCGGCAGCGGCGCGGCGGCGCCGCCGCGCCAGCGCGUGAGGGCGCGGCGCGGACAGCCACCGACCCUCACAGCAUCGGCUGAACGACUUCGCAGGGAGAGAAUCGCGGAGCGAAUGAAGGCCCUUCAAGAAUUAGUCCCUAACGCCAACAAGACGGAUAAAGCGUCGAUGCUGGACGAGAUCAUCGACUACGUGAAGUUCCUUCAGCUCCAGGUCAAGGUUUUGAGCAUGAGCCGAUUAGGCGGAGCCGCGGCCGUGGCCCCUCUCGUCGCCAAUAUGUCCUCUGAGGGCGGUAACGGCGGCAAUGGCGGUGGCAGCGGCGACAGUUUGACGGUGACGGAGCACCAGGUGGCGAAGCUGAUGGAGGAGGACAUGGGGUCGGCGAUGCAGUACCUGCAAGGGAAGGGCCUCUGCCUCAUGCCGAUAUCCCUCGCCUCCGCCAUCUCCUCCGCCACCUGCCACCCCCGCCCGUCCCCCUCGCCCUCUGCCGCAGCAGCCGUCCCAGGCCUUCUGGGGCCCAACCCACUCAUUCCUGGCCCACCGCCACCCCCCCACGGUAGCAGUGGCGGCUGUGCGGACGGCCCGUCAUCGCCUAGCAUGUCGGUGCUCACGGUGCAGUCCGCCACCGCGAACGGCGUCUCCGAUGGCGACGUCACGCGAAACCCUAAGGACGGUGCUUCCGUCUCCAAGUCCUAAGGAUAAGGGGAAAUGUAAACCCCUCGAACAUCGUUUGGAUUGAUGUAAUUGUAAUUUGUUGUCGGAUCUAAUUUAGCGUUAAGAAAAACAAAUAAAAAAAGAAACUUGAGAAAAAUAGGUCUCUUUCAAAAAAGUUCGAAAUCGCAAAAGAUCCGGAAAAUGUAGACAAGACACCUUAAAUAGGUAGAUGGUGGAUCUCCUGAGCAUCAUUAUGAUUUGAUUUGUAAAGCGGAAUUAUAAUUACGUCAAUUCAAACACCCCACUAAAUAAGUCUACGGGAUUAAGACUUGGUGGUGAGCAAAUCACCACCCUCUUCACACUUGUUUUCUAUAAAUGCUUAAGGGAUCAUAAUAUCUAACGCUA